AUGGACACAAGAGCCUCCCUCUCCAUUCUGCUGCUGCUGUUUGGCGUCUCACAAGCGUCUCCUCUCAUGGAAAGUUUUGAAGGAGUGUUUGUGUCAGAGCCGGAAAGUGUGGACAUCACUACAAGGAUUUUGGAGUCCAACAAUGGAUCUUCUGAAGUCUUGAUUGAAGGAGAUCUGGUGUUUCCCAAAACCAGAAAUGCUCUCUACUGCUUUAACAACAACUGUUUCUGGAAGAAAAACUCUAACAACAUAGUGGAGGUCCCUUACACAGUGAGCAGUGAAUUCUCUUAUUAUGAGAAAUCAGUGAUUGCGAACGCCAUGUCCACCUUUCACUCCAAAACCUGCAUCCGCUUUGUGGCCAGAUCAGCUCAGACCGACUACAUUAGUAUUGAGAACAAAGAUGGGUGCUUCUCUUCUCUUGGUAGAACUGGUGGCAAACAGGUGGUCUCCCUCAACAGGAACGGCUGUGUGUAUCACGGCAUCGUUCAGCAUGAGCUCAAUCAUGCCCUGGGCUUCAACCACGAGCAAACCAGGAGCGAUCGUGACAAGUACGUCAAGAUCAACUGGGAGAACAUCUCUCCUGAUACGGCCUACAACUUCCAGAAACAAAACACCAACAACCAAAACACUCCAUACGACUAUGGCUCCAUCAUGCACUAUGGAAAAACAGCCUUCACCAUCCAGCCUGGCCUGGAAACCAUCACUCCCAUUCCUGAUGAGACGGUGGAAAUUGGACAGAGGCAGGGAAUGUCCAACACUGACAUCCUGAGGAUCAACAAGCUGUAUGGAUGCUAAAGAU